GGCGGCGCGGGCCGGGCUGGAGGUGGCGGUGCCCGCCCUUUGUGCCCGCGCCCCGCCGGCCGGGAUCGGUCCCCGCCGUGCGAUGCUCCGGGGAUGCGCGCGGUCCGGCCCUGCGCACCCGGGCUGGGCGCCGGGCGAUGGAGCCGGGCAUGAGGAAGUUCACGGUGCGCAGGUUCUUCUCCGUCUACCUGCGCAGGAAGUCCCGCGCCAAGAGCGCCAGCCUCGGGCGGCUCCAGGAGGAAGGUGUGAAGGAGAUCGCCAUCAGCCACCAUGUCAAGACAGGCUUUGACAAGGCCGACCCCUCCCAGUUCGAACUGCUCAAGGUGCUGGGCCAGGGCUCCUACGGGAAGGUGUUCCUGGUGAGGAAGGUCAAGGGCUCGGAUGCUGGGCAGCUCUACGCCAUGAAGGUGCUGAGGAAAGCUACGCUGAAAGUGCGUGACCGGGUUCGGUCGAAGAUGGAAAGGGACAUCUUGGCAGAGGUGAACCACCCUUUCAUCGUGAAGCUCCACUACGCCUUCCAGACGGAGGGCAAGCUCUACCUGAUCCUGGACUUCCUGAGGGGCGGGGACCUCUUCACCAGGCUCUCCAAGGAGGUAAUGUUUACAGAGGAGGAUGUCAAGUUCUACCUGGCGGAGCUGGCCCUGGCCCUGGACCACCUGCACACCCUGGGCAUCAUCUACAGAGACCUAAAGCCCGAGAACAUCCUGCUGGACGAGGAGGGACACGUCAAGAUCACAGACUUUGGGCUAAGUAAGGAGGCCAUUGACCGUGACAAGCGGGCCUACUCCUUCUGUGGGACCAUUGAGUACAUGGCGCCUGAGGUGGUGAACCGGCGAGGGCACACGCACAGUGCCGACUGGUGGUCAUUUGGCGUGCUCAUGUUCGAGAUGCUGACAGGGUCGCUGCCAUUCCAGGGCAAGGACCGGAAGGACACCAUGUCUCUCAUCCUCAAGGCCAAGCUGGGCAUGCCUCAGUUUCUCAGCGUGGAAGCCCAGGGCCUGCUGAGGGCGCUCUUCAAGCGGAACCCCUGCAACCGGCUGGGUGCCGGCACCGACGGGGUGGAGGAGAUAAAGAGGCAUCCUUUCUUCGUCACCAUUGACUGGAACAAACUCUACCGGGGGGAGAUCAAACCGCCCUUCAAGCCGGCCGUGGGCAGGCCAGAGGACACUUUCCACUUUGACCCUGAGUUCACGGCACGGACCCCCACAGAUUCUCCAGACAUGCCCCCCAGCGCCAACGCACACCACCUAUUCCGCGGAUUCAGCUUUGUGGCCUCGAGUCUGGGGCAGGAGCCGUCUCAGCAGGACGCCCAGCGGGCCUCGGUGCACCCCAUCGUGCAGCAGCUGCACGGGAACAACGUCCACUUCGCCGAUGGCUACGAGGCCAAGGAGGACAUCGGCGUGGGCUCCUACUCCGUGUGCAGGCGCUGCGUGCACAAGACCACCGAGGCCGAGUACGCCGUGAAGAUCAUCGACAAGAGCAGGAGAGACCCCUCGGAGGAGAUUGACAUCCUCCUGCGCUACGGCCAGCACCCCAACAUCAUCUCCCUCAAAGACGUGUAUGACGAGGGCCAGCACGUGUACCUGGUGAUGGAGCUGAUGCGCGGGGGCGAGCUGCUGGACCGCAUCCUGAGACAGCGCUGCUUCUCCGAGCGCGAGGCCUGCGACGUGCUGCACACCAUCACUCGAACCCUGGACUACCUGCACUCCCAGGGGGUGGUGCACCGGGACCUGAAGCCCAGCAACAUUCUGUAUGUGGACGAGUCGGGGAACCCCGAGUCCAUCCGCAUCUGUGACUUCGGCUUCGCCAAGCAGCUGCGGGCGGAGAAUGGGCUGCUCAUGACGCCCUGCUACACCGCCAGCUUCGUGGCCCCCGAGGUCCUGAAGCGCCAGGGCUACGAUGCGGCCUGUGACGUCUGGAGCCUGGGCAUCCUGCUGUACACCAUGCUGGCCGGAAAGAACGAGAGGAACAGGAGCAGACAGCAUAAUGGUUAUGGAAAAAGACUCUCAUGCCUGAGGCUCCAGAGUCCCAGGUUCACUCCAUUUGCUAACGGGCCGGACGACACCCCGGAGGAGAUCCUGGCCCGCAUCGGCAGCGGGAAGUAUGCCCUCUCCGGGGGCAACUGGGACUCUGUGUCAGACGCAGCCAAGGACGUGGUGUCCAAGAUGCUGCACGUGGACCCCCAGCAGCGGCUGACGGCAGGGCAGGUCCUCAAGCACCCCUGGAUCGUCAACAGGGAGCAGCUGUCCCAGAACCAGCUCUGCAGGCAGGACGUGCACCUGGUCAAGGGCGCCAUGGCCGCCACCUACCUGGCCCUGAACCGCACGCCGCAGGCCCCACGGCUGGAGCCGGUGCUGUCAUCCAGCCUGGCCCAGCGCCGUGGCAUGCGGAGACUAACCUCCACCCGCCUGUAGGGGCAGCAGGGAACAGCAGGGCCACGGCUGGAGGGAGGGUCACCCCACAGCCUUGGGGGACCUGCUGACACCCCCCACUCUCCGAAUGCACUGGACCGUCUGCCCCCACACCUGGCUCUGAGCAGCGCGCCUCACGGCCAGUGCUUCUCUAGAGAGAUCUCUCCCCCAGACACCUGCGGUCAGCUCUCACCUGCACCUGGCCGUCGAGGGUAGAAGCUCCAGCUGACAGGAGGGGGGCCACCAUGGCAGACCCCAGCUUCUCCCAGUGAUCCAAAGAUUCCCUCCCCUGGUUCCUAUGGGGGUCUUUGUGAUUCAGGCCCCCAGAGGAAGGAGCCCCCCAAGAAUUGUCAAAGGGGGGGUCUUUGCCUCGAUGGUGACAUGUCUCUGGUGGAAGUUGGGGGUCAGGAGUACCAGCUGAAGCUGGGGUCCCCACCCCCCAGCCUAUGGGGGCCGGACCUCCGGGCAGAGCUGGGCUGGGGCCUUGGCCCCUGUGGCCGGUGGAUGCUCAGAGCCCCCCUUAGAUGGUUCCCCAUUUUUUGGGGGGGGAGCUGGGCAGUUGCUGAGCGCUUUGUGGAGACUGCGCCUUUAUGGUGUGUCUCUCACUGGAUGUUGAGUGGCGUGUGUGUGUGUGUGUGUGUGUGUGUGUGUGUGCGUGCGUGCGUGCGUGUGUUUGUGUGUGGUGUUUCCUGGGUGGGCACACACGGUGAGUGGAGACCCCCGGGCUGGAUGGGCCCUCAGGGGGUGUGAGUGUCUGCCAGUACCCCCCCCACCCCCGCAUCAAGGCUGCCUGUGUCCCUCUGCCUCCACACUCACUGGUACCAAAAAUGAGAACUACAGCUGGAAAACCGCUCCUUGGCUGGGCUGAGGUCCUCAGCCUUCACUGCAGACCAGCCCGGGUUCAGACCCCUGGUUUUAUUGUCUUCAGAGAACCACACCCAAGAGGGCAGAUUCUCUGGAGAGGAAAUGCAUUUGCCCAGGCUGACACCACACGGGAGGGUUUAGCUUGAGGAUCUGAAGGCCCUGAGCUGUUAUUAGAUGAGGCGGGUGAGCCUGGCAGCCCCAGAGUCUCCGGAUUCCCUCUAUUCAGUGCCCCCCCCCAAAGAAAAAGCAAGAGAGACAGAAGUUGAGAAGUCGGCUGUCCGGCUGUCCGUGAGUGGCCGGCAUGCGGGCGGCAAGCCUGUGGCAGGUGUCUGCACUUUGCUCCCAGGCCUGGAGUUCGAUGAGGGGAGAGUGGAAGCUGCCGGCCCUGCCCUGAGUCUGCACCCGACGGCCCCACACGACUGGUCUCACCUGUGCCCAUGCUCUGCCCCGCACCCCCACCCCCACUCCCAGCAGCCCUGCAGAGCCCGCUGUGCCUGAAUAUCCUGAAUGUGUGGGAAUAGCUCUGUCUGUAGCAAAGUCAGCGAAGCCAGGAAAGCGCUCGCACAGAAGGCAUGACUGCCCCGCAGCAGACUUGGCUGCCCCUGCUCCCACAGACGUCCCGUCACGGCAGAAACCACCAACUCCGGCGUCCCCACCCAGCACCCAGAGGUCCCUCCUGGCACCCACUGUGACUCGCACCCACCCCCCCGUCAAGCCUGGGGCACAGAGGGGUCCCCACUCUCCCAGGCCGAGAACCCCACCCCUGGGUGCUGCUGUGUGGCCUGGUGUCUUCUUGUCCCAGGACGAUGGCUGUCCUGACUCAGCCCACUGCUACCAGUAUUGGGCCCCAAACGGUGUUUUUGUCCCUGAGCCCCAGGCCGGGACCCUGAGCUUUGGAGACCCUGCACACAGCGUGAUGCUGUGGGGUCCGCACACCCGUGUCCCACCCAGCCUCUGCCCCCGUCCUCACCCGGUCACCGCGCCCACAGGGAGGGGACGCCGGACACCCGCCCCCAGCCCCCCGCCCGAGACUCAGCACUUUGUUUACAAGCCGGCCUUUUGUUUACAGCUCCUGUUCUGUUCACGCUCUCUGCCUGAGGUUCCAGGCGGGCGGCCCUGGACACGUAUUUAUGACGCUUUCCAGACUUUCUGAAUAGACCUUUUUUGAAUAAACAUGGGUUUUAUCAGGUCUCA